GCGGGGACAGCGGGCUGCGUCUGUGGGAGGCGAGGGACGCCUCGCAGCGGGGCGCGGCCCGCUACUCCCUCACGGGCGCACUCCGGCCGCCACCUGUGUGCUUGGGGCGGGCGGGGGGCCGCAUGGGGCUGUGUCCGUGCCCCGCAGGCGCCGCGGGAGGUAGCGGUGCGCGCCGCGCUGCCUGCGGGAGCGGGGACCCUUCUCCCUCGCUGAACUUUGCCCGUCUCCGACGCGCGCCCGGCGAGGCGAGGUGCGGGGCGGCUGGCGGGGAUCCCCGCCCCGCUCCGCUGGCAUCACAUGGUGCUGGGGGAGGGGGGGGGGAGCCGCCCCCCGGCUCUCGCUUCUCUUACAGUUUCUUCCAGUCUCAGCGCUCAACUCCGGCGAGGCUGGAACGCGGAGCGGGGCUGGGCAGGGCGGGAGCCGGGCGGGCUCCGCCGCCUGCUCCCGGGGCGCCCCUCCGCAGCGGAGGCGGCGGGGAAGCGGCACAAGCGCGCGGCGCCUCCGCUGCCUCUCUCCUUCUGAUGCCCCUUCGCGACUGCACGCCAGCCCGGCGGCCGCAGCUCCGGGAGGAUGCGGCUCUUCCUCCUCGCUGCAACUUUCUGGGGAUUGUGCCUGGCUCCAGGCUUGGGUUUGCAAAUACAGUGCUACCAGUGUGAGGAGUUCCAGCUAAAUAACGACUGCUCCGCUCCGGAGUUUAUCGUGAAUUGUACAGUGAAUGUUCAAGAUAUGUGUCAGAAGGAAGUAAUGGAAAAAAGUUUUGGAAUCAUGUACCGCAAAUCCUGCGCCUCUUCAGCAGCGUGUCUGAUAGCCUCUGCGGGGUACCAGUCCUUUUGUUCUCCAGGGAAGGUGAACUCUGUUUGUAUCAGCUGCUGCAACACUCCACUCUGCAAUGGACCCCGGCCGAAGAAGAGGGGGAAUUCUGGUGUGGUGCCAAGGGCACACAUGAUAACCACUGUUCUGCUCCUUACAUUGGCUCUGUGGGUUUUGUAUUGCUAAACUUCAAGCAAGUUUUUUUGCCUUGACACAGUUUGUUCUGUCUCCUCCUUUCUUCAGACACUGCAGUUAUUUUCUGUUUGUUUCCAAAUCCCUGUCAACAAAGAGGGAAGUUCAGUGGUUGUGGGGAGAAAGGGGCUGGUAUUUUUGGCAGCUAAUGAAUUCAGUUAGCAGAUUGAAUUUCCAGUGUGCACUUAAAAAUCCCAGCAGCAGGAUACAGAACUCUGCUCUUGUUGCAUAACUGGAAACAAAUCCACCUAUGUUAUUCCUUUUAAGAUGUAGUUAAUUCCUUGGUCAUUUUGAUUUCCAUGUUUUUAAGUUCAUUGCUAAUCAUUAACUUUGCCUUAUGAAGUCAUACUUGAUGUUCACAAAGGCCGUUUGGUGUGUCUGGGCUGGGCUCUAAGCUAGUCUCCAGGGGCACUCCUUCCGAGAUGGGCUGCUGUGGUUCGGGUCCUGGUUCCUGUGGACUGCAGUCAGACUUGGUCUCAUUCUGAAAAGUACUUAAGAAAACUUUGUUAUUGCUACUCAUAGAAGAAUUGCGCCUAGAUGACAUGAAGAGCAGUGGGCGCAGAGACCUGCUGCUCCUUGCUCUGGAGCUCUGGUUUGCUCUGAGAAACUUCUCCUUGUUGGCAUGCUGUAUGGUCAGGCGGCAGCGAAGGACCUGCAGGAACACGCUGCGGAACUGCUGAGAAGAGAUGUUGUACAGGAAGGGGUUCACCACCGAGCUGAGGUAGAAGAAGAUGUCAGCAAUGGGAAGAAGAGUGAUGUACGCUCUGAAGUAGGGAACAGUCCAGUCCUGCUUCGGUUUAGCAGCAGCCAUGAUCCUUCUAACCUGGUUUGGCAUCCAGCAUAUGGCCAGAGUUGCAAUAAUCAGUCCUGCGAACAGAAAGAGGAAGAGUUGUGCAUACAUGGGAGGAAAAAAACAUAAAACACUAAGUAUCAGUUCUGCACUUACUCAUUAGGAAAUGGUACCAAUUUCUCAAUGUUUCGCUUGACAGCUUUUUCUAUGAGUAGCAUUUUUUUGUUUGUUGUUUUUAAUAACUGUUACAAGGUCACUGCAGCACAUGCUCUGACAGAAGAGUGCAUACUGCUUGGCUGGUGUUUCUUUGUACCUAUGGUCAUUUAUUAGUUUUCAAAGUGUUCUUUCACUGAUACCUGUAUCUUUGAAAAGAAUGCAUUUUUAUUUUAGUUUGUGUUCUUACAUUUCUUGUGUCUUUCCCUUUACUUUGAAAAACAAGCAAAAUAAAUAGAAGCUAUAGCCAUAUUAGAUCAGGCAAUACCCAGAAGAGAUCAGAUUCUUGUUUGUACUUUCAAAAAAAAAAAAAAAAAAAAAAAAAAAGUAUGCAUAAUACUAUAUUUCAUGUUAUUUUUGGUAAAUUUCCUCUUACAGAAGAUAUUUUUAAGCAAAAUAUGUAUGGAUCUUUUUAUGGUAAUUAAGAUAUGUUGGGCUUUCUUAAAAUCAAAUUCCAGUGGAAUUAAAUUAUGAAUGUAAGUGAGAAAAACCCAAGCCUAGUCAUGAAAGUGUAAGCAGUUUCAGAUUAUAAAUUAUGCUUUAAAAUGUGGUAUCUGACCAUUUUGUAUUUAUAUGUAAGUAUAAAUACAUGUUGCUGCAUCACUAAUGGCAUUAAAAAGGGGGUGACUGAAGUGCUGGAUGUCUGAAAACUCUGCCUCUGUGGGCUGGCUUUCACUAGGGCUGCAGUGGUGGUGCUGUCUUCAGAAGGGCAGCCCUUAAGUAAAAUGUGGGUGACCUUGAGCAGGCUCUGUUCCCGGGCGGGAGACGGAGCAAGGGGGAGGCACUCCAAUCCGCACUGGCAUCCGCUGCUUCUGGUGCAUGUAAGCACUGGAAAUCCCGACAUCUUGCAUAACAUAACAGGUAACAAAACCAAUUUCUCUCAGUGCUCCCCCACCAAGCAUUACUUCUGAAACACCUUAUAUCACCGGAUUACUGUUUUCACUUUGUUUUUCUCUUUGCAGGAAAGGUGCCUUAUAUGAAUACUGGGAGGGAGCAGAAGUUGCAGGUUGGUUUCCCUGCUGCAGAGGCACAAAGUAGUAGAGAGUAUCCUGAUGGUGCACUGUUGUAAUUUCCAGUAGGCUUUGGUGAUAUUGUUAAUCUGCAACAUCUGACUUCUUCUCCCAACAGAAGCACAGAAGUAUUUAAUUCUUACCUGUCUAGACUGUCAGAUUGCCCCCAUCAAAGAGCUUGCUGUAGAAUGCACCACUGAAUAGAUCACUGUAGGAACACAAUUCUGAAAUAGUGCAUGCUGAUUUUCCAAGCCAGGAAAAUUACCCUUUGCGAGGGGGAAGACAUGAACGUAACAGGGAAGGGAGGCAGAAAAGAGAAGAAAGAUUUUUCCUAACUUUAAAACUGCCAGGGCUUAAACAGGUAUGUCCAAGUUCUCUCCUCCACCACCCCUGAGCAAAGAAAAGGUAUGAAAUGUCUUCUUUUUAAUUAAUUUUGUUAAUGAAAGGUAUAAUUAACAAAUUUAUGAUCUCACUGUAUAACCUACCAAAUAAAAGUUGUCUUUUUGAUCA